AUGCCUAUUAGUGGUUUGCGUCGGCUCGUCCUCCCGUCAGGCAGCUACGCCCGACGCCGCCUUCCCCCAGUUCCCCGCCGAUCUGCACGGUCGCCGCCGGCUUCCCCGGCCGCCGCUGCCUUCUCCCUCCGCCGGAACCGUGGCCGCCGCCCCCUCCUCCGUCAGCGCCCCCCCGGCCGCCGCCACCGCCUCCCCCUGCAGCCGCGGCCAGGCUGCGUCCUCAGGCCCGGCGGCAGGUCGCCGCGGCCACCCCCCUGCAGCCGAGCCAUCCCCGGCCGCCGUGGACAGCUCGCCGCCUCGGGGCGGCGCCGGCAAUUCUCCUCCCCCCGGCAGCGGCAGUACCCGGCCGUCGUGCUGCCAGCUCUCCUCCCCCGAUCCAGCGGCCCAUAUCGGUCUAUCUCAAAUCAAUGGCUGGGAUCAACUUGCGGCGCCCUUACCCUUCACGCGCGCACACGCCUCGCCCGUCUCCCGCAGACGCCGCCUCGCACUUGCCCACAGACGUCGCGCCCUCGCCCUCGCGGCCUCACCCAUCGCACGCAGACGCCGCCGCCUCGCCCUCGCCCUUGUCUGUGCCGCCCCUCACUCUGUGCCGCCCCUCGCACGCAGAAUCAAUGUUACCUUGCAUUUAUAAGUCUUGAACAACCGGCGCCGGUGCCUCUCCGUGACCGACGCCACCGCUCCACCGCGCUCCUCGAAAAUCCACCGCCUGUUGUUCGCCCUGAUCGCCGACCCACCACCUCCCUCGUCACCGCCGUCUCUGCCGCCCGUUCAUCGGGUCAGUCAGCUUUCAAAGGUAUGUAGACGCAAUCAAAUUCUUCACCAUUUCUACUUGAGCAUGGAUUAUAAAGCAAGCAACUUGGAUAAAUUUGGUCAGUUGCUCAUUGUAAAAUUUAAAGGAUGUUUGGGUGUCGGUUAAACAUGAGAUUAAUAUUUUCAUCGGGUGAACAUAAAUGGGAAAUUACCAUACCAAAUUGUCAAUAUUAAACAGAUUGCAUUCAGUCCCUGCACAUUGAGAUUUAUUCGAAUCAUGCAAAUGUUGUAGACUUUUUAUAUAAUGGAAGAGAUUGUCACUUGUCGGGGUGAAGUUUGUCUGGGUUUUGAUUAUGUAUAUGGUGACAGAAGUGUUAAGCAUGCCCAUUUAUGAUAUACUAAGGGAUUGUGAUUUUCAUUGUUGCUUAUUGAUGAUAAUUAAAAUUAUAUAGACUGCUUGUUCCCUUUUAAUCUUAAUGGCAUUAUUACCAACUGAAUAUCAGAAGAGAGCAAGUACAGGUGGGCAUGAACAAAUUAUUAUUUUUUCUUUCUUGGCAAUGGAGCUUAUUUCCUGCACAACAAAUAGUAUAUCAUGUAUUUGUUAGCUUGAUCUAAUCUAGCUUUAUCUUCUAAUCCUAUCACCUAACCGACCGCUACGGUUCACGUGUGUACUGUUUACGCAUGUACUGUUCACUCGUCAGGGGGUUGGGUCCAUGGGCCUCGAUCCCUCGGCCCCUAUGUAUGAC